GGCAGCCAGCUGGCUGCAUGGCGCGCUGCGAGCGGCUUCGUGGCGCGGCCCUGCGCGACGUGCUGGGCCGGGCGCAGGGGGUCCUGUUCGACUGCGACGGUGUGCUGUGGAACGGCGAGCGCGCCGUGCCGGGAGCUCCGGAGCUGGUGGAGCGGCUGGCGCGUGCUGGCAAGAGGGCGUUGUUCGUAAGCAACAACAGCCGGCGCGCGCGGCCAGAGCUGGCUCUCCGCUUCGCGCGCCUCGGCUUCGGGGGGCUGUGCGCCGAGCAGGUCUUCAGCUCCGCGGUGUGCGCCGCGCGUUUGCUGCGCCAGCGUCUGCCCGGGCCGCCGGACGCGCCGGGCUCAGUGUUCGUGCUGGGCGGCGAGGGGCUACGCUCCGAGCUGCGCGCUGCGGGGCUGCGCUUGGCCGGGGACCCCGGAGAAGACCAGGGCGCGGCCCCGCGCGUGCGUGCCGUGCUCGUGGGCUACGACGAGCACUUUUCUUUCUCCAAGCUGAGCGAGGCGUGCGCUCACCUGCGGAACCCCGACUGCCUGCUGGUGGCCACCGACCGCGACCCGUGGCAUCCGCUCAGCGACGGCAGCCGGACCCCUGGCACCGGGAGCCUGGCUGCCGCCGUGGAGACAGCCUCAGGACGCCAGGCCCUGGUGGUGGGCAAGCCCAGCCCCUACAUGUUCGAGUGCAUCACGGAGCACUUCAGCGUGGACCCUGCCCGCAUGCUCAUGGUGGGCGACCGCCUGGAGACCGACAUCCUCUUCGGCCACCGCUGUGGCAUGACCACCGUGCUCACGCUCACGGGUGUCUCCCGCCUGGAGGAGGCCCAGGCCUACCUGGCAGCCGGCCAGCAGGAUCUGGUGCCCCAUUACUAUGUGGAGAGCAUCGCGGACUUAAUGGAAGGGCUGGAGGACUGAGCCCGCCUGACCUGCAGCCGCAGCCCCACCCCUUCCCCAUCCUGAUCCCGUAGACGGAGGUGAAGGGCCAGGAGCUGCGUUAAGUGCCACUGGCUCUCUGGCCCCAGUUCCUGCACGGUGGUGGGGCUGGGACCCAGGGAAGGUUUUAGGGCCCUUCUACCCCUUCCCAGGGUGGCUGAGCACUCUUUGCUGUGCCAAAAGCUGCCCCUCUUGCCCCGCUGGUUUGCCUUGGCCUGACCAGCCAAGGUGGCCUUUUGUCCUGCCCUGCGACCUCCCCUUGUUUAAAUCUGGGCCCCAAUGCCCACUGAAGAUUCCCCCCAACCCUAAGCCCUUAACUCCCUCACCCUCCCCCGGCCCCCACCCAGGACCUCUAGAGCUCUACCUGCUCCCCAGGUCUUGGCCUUGGGUUCCUGUUGGCCAAUCAGAGGUCUAGGUAGCCCCAAGCCACUAUUGUCCUGAGCCCUGAAUGGACCAAUCAGAAGGCUAAGUCAUAGUGAUUCGCUGAUGUUGGGUCCUGGGUGGACCAUCUGGGAGCCUGAGUAACAAUGACCCUUUCAUGUCCUAGAUCCUGGGUAGACCAGUCAGGACAGCAGGUGAUGACCCUCUGGUCUUAGAUCCGGAAUAGAACAGAAGUCAGAGACAGUGGCCUCUCGACAUCUGGGUCUCACUGGGUGAGCCAAGGGUCCAGAUUUCUCUCAGUAAGUAAGGUCCAUGUACUAAAGACACCCCUCCACCAAGAUUGCUAUCCAGGGGGCCACUCAGUGGCCCUGGGGGCCACCGGAGCCGAGAGCCCUGCCCUCCCUCGUUUGUGGUACCGGUCCAGUGUUGAUGGUGGCAGCAGCUCAGAAUGGGGGGUUUGUGUCCCUCCCUGUGCCAUCAGUGUUUGCUGUGCCACUUCUCCCCCGUGCCCGACCUGGCUAUUUAUUUAUCAUUGUGUGCCAGUGAUGGUGGGGGUGGGGGCUGGGCCUUCCCUGCCACCUCCGCCCCGUCGUAACUAGCCCUCCCGUACUUAAUAAAGUGGGAGUGGGGUUGCCUGUGUGGGCUGAAGUCUGUCCAUGGCUGGCGCAUGGGGAGAAGGAGCCACUGGCUGAGCCCGGUCUCCCCAGCCCUGGCCCACCACGACCUUCCACUGCAUGAAGCAACCCGUCCCAGUUCCAGGGUGUGCUCUCUGCAGCAGUACUCGGGCGCACGUUGCCCCUCACAGAGUCUGUGCAGUGGUUUGUUUCAGAACCCUGUUCAGAAAACCCUGCCAGCUUGUGGCGCUCAUCCCACAUCCCACUUUAGGAAGACACUUGGGGAAUAAAGAUUGGACAUGCAAUGCGAACUUUCACACGGGCACACAUCUACAAAGUGCAGUCACGUAAGGCAGGGUUUGAAUUUGUGUUGGCUGACCCCAGGGGGCUGCUCCCCCUUCUCAGGAGAGACUGGAAUUGGGCCGGGGACAGUUCCCCAGCCUCUGGAGGCCCAGGUGGGAUGCUGCAGCGCCCCUCCGUGGGCAUCCUUCACGCCUAGGGUGCGGCGCGCCCGCCCUGCUGGGCCUGAGCUCCUCCAGGCCAGGCGCGCAUCACUGCCUUCCCAGCACCUGGUGCAGAGGCCGCGCUCCGCUGUGAGCUGGCCGCAGGGCAGCCCGGAAUGGCCUGCAGAUUCUGAGUGGGGAGAUGACAUGACUGUUGAAGGCCUGGCCGUCACCAGUGUGUCGCUUGUACGUGCACAAGUCCCUUCCCGCUCAGCCUGCUUCCUCAUUUAGAGAGUGAGGGGUAGGUCUGGAGGUCUUGGGGAACCCUCUCCAGCGUGACUGUCUUCUCUGGAAGAAGGGGUGCCUGCCUGAGCCUGGCUGUGUCAUGACAAAAUCAGCAGGUCGCAUUCGUGGAACCUAGGGGCUGUGACAAACGCCUCAGCCCGGCUAAGGUGUGAGGGGCUUGCGGCUGCCCCUGUGAGGGGGUCAGCACUCUCCAGGUGUAUCCUGGCUGUGCUGCGUCCCAAGCAGUGGGCACCUCCCACCCGACCAGUGUCCCAGGGCAGACUCAUUGGCUUGGCUUGGGUCCCACAUCCAUCUCAGAACCUGUGCCCCAGGGGAUAGAGCAUCGCUGUCAACCAGCCCGAGCCAUGUGUCCCCCACCCCAGAGGAAGGCAGUACUUGUCUCCCCAGCCUCACUCCAGACCAGUAGCCACCGCUCCCCUUCCGUGCUUUCCUUCAGGGGAGGGCUUGGUGGCUUGUGAGCUGGAGGGAGUGGGCGUCCCAGUCCCAAGUAGUGAAUCUUGAUUGUUUAAGCCAAUCAUGGUUGCGUGAUUGCCCCUAGCCUGUGAUUGGGUAACCAUGGGCUUGUGAGGCACUUUGUUCAUUUUCUAUUUUGGGGGGCGGGGGGUUGGUUUUUUGUUUGUUUCUGUGAUGCACUUCUGACCAAUAAGACAAGAGGGGGUAUUCCGGAAUGUUUGGCUCACUUUUAAAGCAGGACAUGGAGUACGGACUCCCUCUUCUGGCCUUGGCUGUAGAAGCUGUUGCAGCCAGUCUGUGAUCACGAGGUGUGACCAACACAUUUCUCAGCUUCGUGACUGCAGAGCCACACACACACACACAAAAGAGAACUUCCUGGGGUUAUUUCCUCCUCAACUUCUAAUUUAGAGAAGUUUCAAACCCACAGAAAAAGUGCAAGAGUGGCACAAAGAACACCCCUCACUUGGAUUCCCAAUUGUUAAUAUUUCAGGAAGUUGAUUGAUGCACCGGUCCACAAAAUGAAACA